CAAAAGGAAGUUGACUGACUCUACUCUUUCUGAAAAGGUUACUUUCAUUUUGAUAUAACCCCUCUUCUAUCUUUACUCCAUUUCUACCCAAAUUUAUCUCUUAUCUAAAUUUUCCAAUGAAGUUCAUCAGUACCAAAAUCCCUGCCAUUAAAGAUGCCUGCAUUUCAAAUGCAGUGAUUCUACAUAGUAAUUUUGCCACUAACAAAGUCUCCAACUUGCUCUCCUUCAACAAAAGCUUCUCUGAGAUAUCAUGGGUCAAAAGAGAUGGAUUUGAUACACAGGAAAUACUUUUAUGUUGUAAAAAUCCCAGAUUCAUCACUUGUGUUAGUAAGAGGAGUAAUGGUGGAUUAACAGUCAAUGCAUUUACUGAAGAUCAGGAAGCUCUAGUGGUUAAAUCAUGGAAUGCUAUGAAAAAGAAUGCUUCUGAAUUGGCUCUUAAGUUCUUCUUAAGGGUUUUUGAGAUUGCACCCACUGCAAAGAAAUUGUUCUCUUUCUUAAAUGAAUCUGAUGAUGUUCCGUUAGAAAAGAACUCAAAACUUAAAGCCCAUGCCUUAACUGUUUUCUCCAUGACUUGUGAAUCAGCUGUUAAUUUGAGAAAGGCAGGAAAGGUAACAGUGAAAGACUCUAACUUGAAGGAUUUAGGAGAGGUGCAUUUCAAAUAUGGGGUGGUUGAUGAACAUUUUGAGGUUGUUAGAUUCGCGCUACUGGAAACAAUAAGAGAUGCAGUUCCUGAAAUGUGGUCCGCGGAGAUGAAGGCAGCUUGGACAGAAGCUUAUGAUCAGUUGGUUGCUGCUAUCAAGCAACAGAUGAAACCUUCAGAACCAGCUUAUAUGUGAUUGAACAAAAUAACUAUUAGGCAUAAGCGUAGUAUAUGUGUGGUUUUAGAUUCUGGUUUAUUACAGUCUUAGAAAGUUUAGAUUUUAGUGUUAAUUGUAUUAACUCACUUGUGAUCCCACAUCGAAGAAUUAAUAGAGGUUGUCUAUCAUAUAUAUUUGAUGGGCUACUGCUACUAAAACCAAUUGGUUUAAGAUGGAAUAGUAUCGGGUUUAUGUGCAAUCAACUUUUUUCUUAUACGGGUCUUAUUGUGUACAAGUCCGAUAAUAAAUUUAUCAUUGAUAGAA